AUGGGAGACGAUGAGUUUGAGUCUGUCGUGCAUGGCAUUAUGCAAGCAGCCCGUGUGAAGAAGCUCAAGACGCGAGAAGACAAGAUGCGCUAUGUUUUUGAAAGGCUGGAUCGAGACCAGUCGGGGACGCUGACGACGCACGAAAUCGUGCACCUCGCCAGAAAGCUGGACCCUACUGCUGACGAGGCAAAGAUCAAGGAAAGCAUGAGGUUUCUGGACAAGGACGGAUCGGAUUCGGUGAACGAGGACGAGUUUGUCGACACGAUGGUGCAUUUCCUGCGGGUAAUCGAAAGCCAGGAAGAUUUCGACAGGACCGUUGCCAUGCUGCUUCAAUCCACGCCCCCCCAGUCUGCGAAGCGCUUCGACGAGAAGAUCCCUCGGAAGUACGCGGCUUUGGUGUCUGCUCUUCCAACGACGGACGUUGCAAAACAAAUACUUGCGGAGGACGUCAUAGCGGCCAUGGUGGACCCUUCAUCGAACAUCGCUUUGGUUGACGCUCGGAGACCAGAAGAGAGAGCUGUGUCUACCAUUCCAAACUCUGUACCGGUUCAUUUGGAAAGAGACUCUUCUGCACCAUAUGGCUACCGUGUCGCAAUUCAGGAUGCCCACGGAUUCGAUUUCCUGUACGAAACAUCCCCAUCAUCUGAAGAUGGGGGCAAGAGCGGGCUUCAUACCAUCAUCGUAGCCUUUUGCAACACUGGGGAAAGAGGCGGAGCAGCCGCGCUUUCGCUAUCGGAGCACCUGUGUCGGAAGGUGCACAACCUCUAUGGCGGCCUCAUCCAUUACUUCAACAUUGGGGGACGGCUGGUGGACUCCGAGGGGCAAGACAUUGAGGCCUUGCAUCCAGGAUCUCGCAAGAUGGCCGGGUACAUCGUGCGCAAGAAUUGCUUUCCACUGCUGUCUCUUCCUGCAGACGACAGGCCUCCUCUGCUUGGUCAACGACUGGAUCAAAGAUGA